AUGAUUACUCAAGACCGACACAAGGAUUUCCAGCAGCGGGCUGAAGCGUACCUUACCACGACAACAGUGCACAAUCCUCGAACGGGUGAGGUCUAUGAAACGGCUUCGAAGGAAACAAGCGAGAUAUAUGCGGCCUUUUACCGGGAGCUCAUCGGUACCUUCGACAGUCUCAGAAACGGAUGUCAGGAGCCAGAGUAUGAUGAAGGUGAUGAGACUGACAGCGAAAAUGACGAUGGUAGGGAUGCGGGAUUCGAGAGGGAACGGCCGCUUGUGAUCGAGUGGCCGAGAGAUGAGGAAAGAAAGGUGUUGCGGGAUGACGACGUCCAGGAUUAUCAUCGAAUCUGGCCAGGAGACGGAAAUGGUAGUCACGAGCAGGAGCUCCAAGACCUAGAAGCUGAGCCAGAAGAUGGAAGUCCCGCACGGAAUGAGCAGACCGGCAGUGAGGAUGAACUCCCUAACGAAGGAUAUCCGACCAGCCACGACUCAGUCCAAGAUUUCUCCUCGACUUGCCAACAGUGGCUGCAACUAACAACAGAGUCUGAGUUCGAAGGCAAUCCCGAGAUUCUUGCACUAUACACAGCAUCUCCGACGCCAUCUCGAAACGAAGCGCCCACAGACAACGAAGUUGCCGGUAACCGUAUAAAAGAGACCAUCAUUGAACACACCCUCCUUCGCGCCCCUCAACCGGCGCCGCUUACCUCUCCACCACUUUCACCAUUGUCGCCGACUGAUAUCUAUGACCCCGUUAGGCGCAUUUCCAUACCUCGGCCACCGCGAGUGGAUAGCCUACUGCCGCUUCUUCGAUCAAACAGGUCGUCAUCAGCGGCUUCGUCAGUGUAUUCGCGCGAUGAAGAUGAUAUCCCGCAGGCGUCGUCUUCCAGGUCGUCUGGUAUAGCUCCUUACACGUCGACGACGUCCUCGACGGGUCGACCUCUUCUUGCUGCCGCGCAGCAUAGAGUUGACUCAGAUACUGGCGAUCCUGACACACCGCAGCGAGACAACCUUCGAGGCUCCUCCUUGUUUGACGUAGAGCAUUACGAUCAGAGUAUCGAGACUGAACAUCCUCGGCCAACUUCACUGCCUGCCCAUAUGGUCCUGGCAGGAGAUGAAGCCAAACAGAUGCUGGCGCUGACAGGAUACGUGCCUCUGCACCGUCUCUCACUAGAAGCGCACGAUGAACCUCCGCUAGAGGUUCUACAGGAAGACUGUCAAAAAACGUUCCGGAGCGAUCGGCAAGACUCGCAAGAGAACAGUAUUUUCUCCAGAAAGCAUCAACGCCGCCCACGUCCCGUGCAGCUCGAGCGUGUGAGCACCCACUCUUUGGGCAAUCACGCCGACGUUGUCGACGCAGAGAGAUACCGUCGCGGGUCUACCUCCUCCUCACUAGCUGCAUACCAUGCGUACGACGAGAGAACAAACAACCUUAGCGCACCGCUCGAACGGCGACUAUCUGGAAUCCGUUCGUUCCGUAGUUAUCUGUCGCUGCAUAGGAAACUUGAGAGGUAUGUCGAGGGCUUGCAGCAGCAGACAGCGGGCAGGGAGCCUAACUGGAUCUAUGCUGGAUCUGUGGCAAACGAAGAUCCGGUGGGGCUGCCGUAUUCAGAUACAGUCCGGGGACCGACUCCAGUCACUGAUCUAACAGCUGAGUCUUCCGAGGGCGGACGUCAAGGAUCGAAGAUGCUCAAGAGGACAAUUAGUCGGCUUUCUAGGAAGCGAUCAACCAGCAGAAACUCCACAAUCUCCACACCCUCCAGCAUCACCUUGACAGAUAACCCCUCCCUCCUGAAUCUCGACACUGGCUCCCGCGCCUCCUUUAACCGCCUCGAAGCCCACCGCUCGCCCUCCCCCUCAAACCUCCACCACGCCUUCACGGACUCUUCUCACAAAUACGCCUUCCGCGGCCUCACCGCCGCUGAAGUCAUUGAUCCCGCCCGCAUCGCCCGCUGCCAGCAGGGCAUCCCUCCAUCCUACUCACCAAGCCUCAUCAGCAUCGAACAGCCGAGCCUGAUAUCCCGCUCCGCAACGCCGCGGACGCUGGCGGCGAGGUUCUUGAACCCAAAUCUGCGGCCCAAACCCAGCUUCAGUAUCCUCAGCGACUCGCGGCCCGCCAGCACCCUAAGCAGGCAGCGCAACCCCUUCUUUUACGAGCGAGGUCCCGAGGACGAGGGGGCCGGAAGCGAUGGCAGCAGCGUCCGCAGCAGAAGCUCCACCGACAACAACUAUGACGGUAUGAGCCUGCGCACCGUGAGUGUCGGGUCAAGCGCUACGACGAGACUUCGGUCGUUAGGCCCUGUCAGGUCCCACAGUGAACGCAGAACACCCACCUCCGAGAGAAAUCCCCGCAGGCAGCAAGUCCUGCCCCCCUCCACCGCCUCACCCGCCUCAGGCUCAGCCCCAACACCCCACCCCAGCACCUCCCUCCCCUCCUAUCGCAGCCCCGAAGCACCAUCCUACCACACCUUUGACCCGGCGCUGCCGACGCGGCGGCCGCGGGCAAAGCCGCAGCAGGGGGCCGCUAAAGCCGGCGAGCAGUGGAAGAGCCCCACGGAUCGGUUUGUCGAGUGGGCGGCGGAGGGCUUGAGGGAAGGGAGAGAGGUGCUGGGGAGGGAGUUGGGGAGUCAGGCUGGAGGGAGCGGGAGGAGGAGACUGGAGGUUGUGAGGGAGGAGGAUGAAGGGAGCGUGAGGGCUGGAGGAAAGAGUGAAAGGGGGAAUUAG